GGGGAGGAGUUCAAAGAGUUUGUAUCCAGGGUGUGAGGGGUCUGCAGUGAUCCUCUCUGCCCUCUUUCUGACCCGUAAGGUGUACGGAUCUUCCAUGGAGGGCAGGCUGGCACCGAUGAUUAUAUCUGCAGUUCUGACUGUCUGCUGGAGUCUGUUCCUGUCCUGUUGCCGAGCCAAACCAGACAGAGAUGGAAGUGCAGAGAACAGACCCGAUGAUUCCCUGUAGAAUUGAAUCAGCAGCUCCUGAGGCAGGUUGUUUUCCAAAUUCAGGUGUGCCGAGGCUGGAAUCAGGCUUUUCACAUGCCAGAGCUGUGGCGCUGCUUUGAGUUCGAGUUGAAUCAGCCAGCCAGCUCAUACCUGAAGACCACACACCCGGACCUCAUCAAACAGAUCAUCAAAAGGCACUCCAACCACCUGCAAUAAGUCAGCUUCAAGGUGGACAGCAGCAGAGAGUCUGCAGAGGCCGCGUGCGACAUCCUCUCUCAGCUCGUUAACUGUUCUUUAAAAACACUGGGACUUAUCUCCACAGCUAGGCCCAGCUUCAUGGAACUGCCCAAGCACUGACAGUGGUUUUUGUCAACUCCAAAUCGCUGUCCUCCCUGAAGAUCGAUGACACACCCGUGGAUGACCCCUCCCUCAAAGUCCUGGUGGCCAACAACAGUGACACACUCAAACUGCUGAAAAUGAGCAGUUGCCCUCAUGUUUCACCAGCAGGCAUCCUGUGUGUGGCUGAUCAGUGCCAUGGCCUGAGAGAACUGGCUCUCAACUAUCAUUUGUUGAGCGAUGAACUUCUCAUCGCCCUCUCCUCAGAGAAGCACGUUCACCUUGAGCACCUUCGCAUCGACGUGGUUAGUGAGAAUCCUGGCCAACAGUUCCACACCAUCAAGAAGAGCAGCUGGGACGCUAUGGUGCGUCACUCUCCUAAAUUUAAUCUGGUUAUGUAUUUCUUUCUCUAUGAGGACGAGUUUGGCCCUUUCUUCCACUAUGAAAUUCCUGUUACACAUUUGUACUUUGGACGCUCUGUCAGUAAAGACGUGCUGGGCCAUGCUGGGCUCACCUGCCCGCGUCUGGUCGAACUGGUGGUGUGUGCCAAUGGGCUACGGCCGCUGGAUGAAGAGCUGAUCUGCAUCGCCCGGCGGUGCACACAGCUGUCGGCUGUCGGCUUGGGAGAGUGUGAAGUGUCUUGCAGCGCCUUUGUGGAGUUUGUCAAGAUGUGUGGAGACAGAUUGACACAGCUAUCCAUCAUGGAGGAAGUACUGGUUCCAGAUCACCACUAUGGGCUAGAUGAUAUACACUGGGAGGUGUCAAAAUAUUUGGGUCGUGUCUGGUUCCCAGAUAUGAUGCCUACCUGGUAGAGCUCUGGAAGAAGGUGUUGGUUUGUAUGAGUGUAUGUGUCUGUGUGUCCUAAUCUUUCUCCUGAUUUUGGAGAAAGGCCCUUUCCCAGUCACCAUAUGUACCUUUUUUCUCCCUGAAUACAUUUGCAAAUUACAUCUUUAUAUUUGGAUUUGAUGAAAAAUUACUUGCAUUUAACCUUGAUUUCAGCUCAACCAUAAUGUUCAAUGUAUGUAAUGUUUAUAUUUAUAUGUAUAUUCAUCCCUAAAUACACUCAUAUUUACAGUAGUACCAGUUCCCUGAACCCUUUAUCAUGGACUGUGAAACCAUGCAGAUUGAUUGUGUAGUAUUGUAGGAGUAUGCAGGGAUGAAACUCCAAUAGGAAUGUUUGGGAAUAAAUGGAAAAUAUAGGUGGUGUUUUCUAGUGGUCUUCCUAGGUUCUAAUUACUGUAUUAUGUGCAGACAGUCAUAAUAUUUUGCCAUAUCAUGAGUGAACAGAGCAGAUGUGACCGGAGCAGGAGCUUGGUUCGCAUUGCUGGCAGUAAGUCAGACUUG